GCUCCAGGGUUUGGGAGCUCCUGGUGAAUCCCCAGAGAAGAGUCCAGAAAGAAGAAUGGAAGGAGGGUGGUCUGCAAGGCAGAGUGCCCUCCUCUGCCUCACUGUCAGUCUUCUGCUUCAAGGGAGAGGCGACGCUUUUACCAUCAAUUGCUCAGGCUUUGACCAGCAUGGGGUUGACCCUGCUGCCUUCCAAGCAGUGUUUGACAGAAAGGCCUUCCGUCCAUUCACCAACUACAGCAUCCCUACCCGUGUCAACAUCUCCUUCACCCUGUCUGCCAUCUUGGGAGUGGAUGCACAGCUCCAGCUGCUGACAUCAUUCCUGUGGAUGGAUUUGGUGUGGGACAAUCCUUUCAUUAAUUGGAACCCAAAAGAGUGUGUUGGCAUCAAUAAACUCACGGUAUUAGCUGAAAACCUGUGGCUCCCAGACAUCUUCAUCGUGGAAUCCAUGGAUGUGGAUCAGACGCCUUCCGGUCUCACUGCCUAUAUCAGCAGUGAAGGUCGAAUAAAGUAUGAUAAGCCAAUGAGGGUGACCAGCGUCUGUAACCUGGACAUCUUCUACUUCCCUUUUGACCAACAGAACUGUACCUUCACCUUCAGUUCUUUCCUCUACACAGUGGACAGCAUGCUGCUGGGCAUGGACAAGGAGGUGUGGGAGAUCACAGACACAUCUCGCAACGUCAUCCAAACCCAGGGGGAGUGGGAGCUCUUGGGCAUCAACAAGGCCACCCCAAAGAUGUCUGUGGGCAACAACCUAUAUGACCAGAUCAUGUUUUAUGUGGCCAUCAGGCGCAGGCCAAGCCUCUACAUCAUAAACCUGCUGGUGCCCAGUAGCUUUCUGGUUGCCAUUGACGCCCUCAGCUUCUACCUGCCAGCAGAGAGCGAGAAUCGUGCCCCAUUCAAGAUAACGCUUCUGCUGGGCUACAACGUCUUCCUGCUCAUGAUGAAUGACUUGCUCCCUGCCAGUGGCACCCCCCUCAUCAGUGUCUACUUCGCCCUGUGCCUGUCCCUGAUGGUGGUCAGCCUGCUGGAGACCGUCUUCAUUACCUACCUGCUGCACGUGGCCACCACCCAGCCCCCACCCAUGCCUAGGUGGCUUCACUCCCUGCUGCUCCACUGCACCAGCCCAGGGAGAUGCUGUCCCACUGCGCCCCAGGAGGGAAAUAAGGGCCUGGGACUCACCCCCACCCACCUGCCUGGCCCAAAGGAGCUGGGGGAGUUAGCAGGGAAGAAGCUGGGACCCAGAGAGACCGAGGCAGAUGGGGGCUCAGGAUGGACAAAGACCCAGCUAGUGGAGCUGUGGGUGCAGUUCAGCCACGCGAUGGACACCCUGCUCUUCCGCCUCUACCUGCUCUUCAUGGCCUCCUCCAUCCUUACUGUCAUUGUCCUCUGGAACACCUAGGCAGACAUCCCCCCUCUCUGGCAAACAACAGCUUGGAGUUUCUGCUGGUCUUGGGCCAGCCGGACUCAUUUUCCUAAUCUUAGCCACUUAUCCCCAGUGACUACCAUGUCCCCUUCUAAAUUCCAAAAACUCCAAUGCAGCACUAGCAAGCAGGUUCGGGACAGCCCUGGACGAUUUCCCGACCGCUGCUCAGGCUGCUCAUUCCUGCUCACCCUCAGUCUCCCUGAGCUACCACCUAACUCCUCACUCCCUGAUCAAUGGAAGUCCAGGUCAGUGGAGUCUCUCCUUGAUUGAUCACCCCAAUAAACAACUUUCCAGGAA